UAUAUAAUAGAAAAAACCGCGAGUAAACUUUAUCCGUUGCCCGUGUAAAAAUUCACUAAACGUUAAAAUGAUAAUUGUUAAAGUCGCGAUUAUUUUAACAAGUUUGUACUCUGUUAUUGUUAACAGCUAUAGAAUUCAUAGUGAUCCACAGAAUAUUCAACCAGCUGAUUCUACUGUGAUAUUAACGCAUGUUCUUUUUAGACAUGGAAACAGAACCGCUGAACUAUCUGAAACUUACCCUAAGGAUCCCUAUCGCAACUUUACCUACUUUCCAAUAGGAAGAGGACAAUUGACAAACGCUGGAAAACUAAGAGAGUACCAAAUUGGCAAGGAUCUGCGUAGACGCUAUGAUAAGUUUUUGGGACCAGUGUAUUAUCCAGAGGUCGUCGACGCUGUCACGACCAACAAGAAUAGAACCAAAGCAUCGCUUGAGUUAGUAUUAGCCAGUUUGUUCAGGCCAAAAUACACAGAUGUUUGGAAUUGGGCACUUGGAUGGCAACCUGUUCCCUAUAAUUAUUAUCCAGUAGAUCACGAUCCAGUACUUAUGGGUAUAAAUUGUCCACGUUACCAGGCAUUAUACAAGGAACUGGUAAACUCACCCAAAUGGAAGGCUACAUUUAAAAAAUAUCAAAAAGACUUCGAUUAUAUCUCGAAAAAUACAGGGUUGAACGUAACUUCAUUCAAGGAGGUGUACGACAUGUACUUUGGUUUAUCCACUGAAGAAGAAUACGGACAAGAGUUGCCACCAUGGACGCAUUCAGUUUGGCCUAAAGUGAUUGUUGAUUUAUCCAUCAAACAAUAUUAUGUGGAAACGGGUACCACAGAAAUGGCGAAACUUGCGGAAGGAUUUCAUUUGAAGAAAAUUAUAGAAGACACUAAAACUAAAGCGAAAAAACGUGAAAAGAAUGGAGUAAAAAUGUAUUUAUAUUCAGCUCAUGAAAAUAAUGUAGGAGAGAUGAUGGUACUUCUCGAUGUGUUCAAAAAUCCUCAUGUUCCUCCUUAUGGGGCUUACUUGAUCUUUGAAGUUCAUAACAUUAAUAACGUUAUAGGAAUUAAGUUAUACUACAAUAAUUGGACCACCGAUAGUCUUCAGCUCUUAAAACUGCCUGGCUGUGAAGAGUUUUGCCCAUUAGAUAAAUUUGAGAGUAUCUUCGAAGAAUAUCUACCAUCGUCAACGGAUCUUUGUUAUAAUGUAUAAUUAAUUUAUUAUAAAAUUGUUGUUAUGUUUGUUUCUCUUGUAUACAUAAAAAGUGUAAAAUAAACAAAAUAACAUUCAA